CUUUUAUGACUUUCUUCGUUCUCUCGACGGAAGAUCAGGAAACAAGGAACGAAUCGGUUUAAACUCACAUUGCUGUCCGUGAGAAGAGUUGACCCGAAGAAAGAGCAGGACGAAAGCGUAGCCUCUUCACGUUCCCCGGGUGUAAUUAUUUCAUUUAAAUCACCAUUCUUAGAGAAAUUAUUACAUGUCCAUCAUUUUCUGACUGCUCAUAUUGUGAUUUUUUGAAGGCAGGAAAUCUUAACAGGACUUUCUGACUUUAUCCCUGAUUCAAGGGUUAUUUUCUUGAACCCAGGAAACUCUAUACAAGACUUUCUGACUUUAUCCCUGAUUGAAGGGUUAUUUUCUAGAACCCAGGAAACUCUAUACAAGGUCAUCCUGGAAAAGUUAGUAUUAUGGCUACGGCUAUUUCGCCAUUUGCGUCUACGAAAGAGACUACCAACUAUGCAAGGCUAUGCCGCCUCCUGGUGGAUGUUGGAUCUCAGGUGCUUAGGUCCACUUUUGACACAAUACAUCCACCAGCGACUCUAUAUACAGUUUUGGGAAGUACCUCAGUGCAUUACGCCACAUUGCAAUCACUGUACAAAGGGAGGAAGAAAGUGCUGAAUCCCACGCAAUGGGGAAAGUUGUACCCUACUCACGCACCCGUGUCUUCUGCAGCCUUCGAUAUCACACUUCUAACGGUGCUUCUUAGAAAUAUCUGUGGUUUGGGCCCUCCUGCCAAUGGAUGGGAUCGUCUUCCCCUAGCUACAAACAUAAGCAUCGCAGAUGACAUCGCCAGAGUGAAGUAUUACAGGAACACUGUAUACGGCCAUGCUUCUCAAGCCUCUGUGGAUGACAGCAGUUUCAGUGCUUACUGGCAGGAAGUAAGAGAAGCUUUGGUAAGACUCGGAGGAGCUCAUUUUAGAGCUGAAAUCGACAAUCUUGAGCACGACUGCAUGGAUCCAGAUAUCGAGGAGCACUAUCGUCAACUGAUGAAACAAUGGAAGAAAGACGACGACAGCAUCAAAGACAAGCUUGAAGAAAUUGAAAAUUCGCUGGAUAACACGAGAGACACAAUUGACAAGAUAGAGAUCGAAGUCAAAGAGGUGAAAGACAAGCUGAGUAGUCUGACGGCCUCAGCUGAAAAAAGCGUACAAGAUUCGCUAGAAAAGAUGAGGCACGACCUCAGAGACACAACUGAGAAGAUAGAGAUUAAAAUGAAGGAGGUUUUAGAGACGCUUAGUAGCCAGGCGACCACAGUGGAAAAAAGCGCAGAUGAAGGGUCUCUUGAAAAAAUGAGAAGCGAAAUGGCAAAGAUGGACAGUGAACUUAAAGAAGUGAAGGGAAAGCUGUGUACUUUGGCAGCCCCUGUGGGAGAAAGCAAGGAUGAAGGUGUUUUUGAUCCAACUGAGCUUAUCAAUGGAAUUCGCCAGCUGUACAAGACUCGCGAGGGAUGGCUCUCACCAUUUCCAUGGUGCGAAGAGUUUCAGUUUUUUCUCGGCAAUAUUUUUACAAGGCUCAAAGUGGUCAGAAGAAAGAAAAUGAGAGGAGAAAUCACUGACGUAUUUGUUGACAUGUCGUCAAUACUAAACCCGUAUGAAGAGUGUUCAGCGCCGAGAACAGUGUUGAUUGAAGGAGAACCUGGUAUGGGAAAAACCACCUAUUGUAAAAAGUACGCUUACGACUGGGCCACAAAACAGCAAGAACUUCAGGGCUGCGGCUCAACAGCAUUAAAAUUGGUAUUGUUGCUGAAAUGUCGAGAUAUCCACUCUGACGUUUGGGAAGCCAUUGAUGAUCAGCUGCUGCCCCUAGGCAUCGAUGAAAAAGUCAAACAACAAUUUUUUCAGUUUAUUCGUGAAAAUCAGUCCAGCAUUUUAUUCAUAUUGGAUGGAUUGGAUGAGUUACCAUCCGGGAAAUUGUCGAUGUUUUCCAAAUUAAUUGAAGGAAGAGAACUCCCUAGAUGCCACAUAGUUGCAACAGCAAGACAAGAAGCUGGAAAAGAGGUGAGAAAAUGUUGUGACGCGCUGCUUCAGAUCGAAGGAUUCACUAAGAAGCAUGUGAUAGAAUUUGUCACCAAGUACUUUAAAGAAAGGACGGAUUUAGCCACCAAGCUCUCGCAACGGAUGUCGCGAGAUAAAAACCUGACAGAAAUAGCGGCCAAUCCUCUAAACACAGCACUUCUUUGCCUUUUAUGCGAAGAGUUUGAGGGCACACUCCCCGAAAGCAGAGCUCAACUGUACUUGGAUAUGGUUGAAUGUGUUUUGAGAAGAUAUAGAAAAAAGAAGGGACUAUUAGAAAAGAUCGAAGACCUGACAAACCAUUACAAACCGCAAUUGAAUCACCUUGGAAAGGUAGCGUUGAAUGGUUUACUUGACGAUAAGUUGGAUUUUAAUGAAAGUGAAGUGAGAAACCAUGCAAAAGACCUGACUGAAUUUGGAUUUCUGUCAGUGCAGCCUGGUGGCAGCAAACUGAGACAAACAUUGCAUUAUGCCUUCUUACAUAAAAGUUUUCAAGAAUUCUUUGCAGCAUUCUUCAUUUGUUCUCAGAUUCAAAGCAAGGAAAUGAAACCUGAAGAACUAGUUUCCGAUCCAAGGUAUUUCGGUGAACUUAAACAAAUACUUUUGUUUUCGUGUGGAAUUUUGGCCAUGAAAUGCGAUGAACAGGUUGUGGCUCUUGUAAAGAGUUUAACAAAUGAAGUCAACAAAAAUGAAGGCCGUGGUUCAAAAAUUGUAUUGGAGGCCAUCAACGAAUGUAAAAGAGAAAAAAGUGAUUUUCACUCGCAUUUAUCGAAGUCGUUUGGAACUGGUUUGAAUCUGACCAAUUUGGAUUUGUCUGAGAAGCGUAUUAGUGAUGCGGGUGCUACAUGUAUUGCUGAGGCAAUCAAAGUGAACAAGACGCUAACCAAUUUGGAUUUGUCUGAGAAUCGUAUUAGUGAUGCGGGUGCUACAUGUAUUGCUGAGGCAAUCAAAGUGAACAAGACGCUAACCAAUUUGUAUUUGCAAAGAAAUGAUAUUAGUGAUGCGGGUGCUACAUGUAUUGCUGAGGCAAUCAAAGUGAACAAGACGCUAACCAAUUUGGAUUUGCAAAGAAAUGAUAUUAGUGAUGCGGGUGCUACAUGUAUUGCUGAGGCAAUCAAAGUGAACGAGACGUUAACCAAUUUGGAUUUGUCUGAGAAACGUAUUAGUGAUGCGGGUGCUACAUGUAUUGCUGAGGCAAUCAAAGUGAACAAGACGCUAACCAAGUUGUAUUUGUCUGAGAAUCGUAUUAGUGAUGCGGGUGCUACAUGUAUUGCUGAAGCAAUCAAAGUGAACAAGACGCUAACCAAUUUGUAUUUGCGAAGAAAUGAUAUUAGUGAUGCGGGUGCUACAUGUAUUGCUGAGGCAAUCAAAGUGAACGAGACGCUAACCAAUUUGGAUUUGUCUGCGAAUCGUAUUAGUGAUGCGGGUGCUACAUGUAUUGCUGAGGCAAUCAAAGUGAACAAGACGCUAACCAAUUUGGAUUUGUCUGAGAAUCGUAUUAGUGAUGCGGGUGCUACAUGUAUUGCGGAGGCAAUCAAAGUGAACAAGACGCUAACCAAUUUGGAUUUGUCUGAGAAUCGUAUUAGUGAUGCGGGUGCUACAUGUAUUGCUGAGGCAAUCAAAGUGAACGAGACGCUAACCAAAUUGUAUUUGCGAAGAAAUGAUAUUAGUGAUGCGGGUGCUGCAUGUAUUGCUGAGGCAAUCGAAGUGAACAAGACGCUAACCAAUUUGAAUUUGUCUGCGAAUCGUAUUAGUGAUGCGGGUGCUACAUGUAUUGCUGAGGCAAUCAAAGUGAACAAGACGCUAACCAAGUUGUAUUUGUCUGAGAAUCGUAUUAGUGAUGCGGGUGCUACAUGUAUUGCUGAAGCAAUCAAAGUGAACAAGACGCUAACCAAUUUGAAUUUGUCUGUGAAUCGUAUUAGUGUUGCGGGUGCUACAUGUAUUGCUGAGGCAAUCAAAGUGAACAAGACGCUAACCAAUUUGAAUUUGUCUUUCAAUGGUAUUAGUGAUGCGGUUGCUACAUGUAUUGCUGAGGCAAUCAAAGUGAACAAGACGCUAACCAAUUUGAAUUUGUUUGCGAAUCGUAUUAGUGAUGCGGGUGCUACAUGUAUUGCUGAGGCAAUCAAAGUGAACAAGACGCUAACCAAUUUGUGUUUGUCUUUCAAUGAUAUUAGUGAUGCGGGUGCUACAUGUAUUGCUGAAGCUUUGUUCUCUGUGAAGAGUCGGCGAAAAGGACAAUAA